AUGGAGAAGCCAAAAGCGCCUGCUGUGGUUUCAAAGCCCGUUUCAAUCGUUCCAAAGACAGUUUUUGGACUGAGAACUGACGUUUUGGGGAAUAUUCAUUUUGAUAGUCAACAAACGGUGAUUUAUCCGGUAGCUGGGGUCUUGGCGUUUCAGGAUGUCGUGACGAAAAAACAAAAGUUUUUAAGAUUUGUGGAAAAUUCACAACCGACGAUAAUUUCUAUAAGUCCGAAUAGGCGUUGGAUUGCUAUUGCUGAAAAAGGUCCUGAAAAGACAAUUACCAACAUUUACGAAAUCGCAACAUUAAAAAAGAAGAAAACUUUCGUCUUAAACGGAUGCACAGUGAACGAACCAUCUGCCAUCGAAUUCACUCACGACUCUCGAAGCGUCGCAAUUCUAUCAAAGGAGCCCGAUGCCUUCCUCUCCAUCUUCGCUUUGGACAAAGAUGAGUCAGUUUUCAUGGGUCGCGCUUCCAACAGUGCCCAACCAGGUCGAGCUCGUUUUAUCAACUGCAAUCCCGGCGAUACUGCCAUCACAGCAGUUGGCGGCGAAUAUCUCUUAAAACUCAUGAACAAAACCGAGAAGGGUUUCGGUCAAAUCGGGACCAUCAAAGGCGAUAACAUCAUCGUAACUUCAAUCGCGUGGCUUUCGCAGGACAUUUUAAUCGCUGGAACGAACGAAACUGAAAUUCUCUUCGUCGAAGGCGGCGAUCCGAAAGCCAAAUAUCCCGCAAUUGACACCGAUUUGAUUGAUUUAACGAAAAUUCCCGAAGGCGAGGAGAUGAUUGCUCAAAGUACGGAAGAGAUUCAAACGGAAGAUCAUCAAGAUGUGCUUUGCAUCACGAAUUUCGACAAGGGAUUCAUCUUCGCGCUGCAUAAUAUCGUUCACGUUUACGAAAAGGAGACGACUUUCAAGUUCCAAAAACGCACAAUUAUCACAAUUCCCAUAAAUUUGUACGAAAAAGAGUCUUAUCGCAUCGUCAACAUGGCAGUUAACGCCCAGCAAGACACCGUCAUUGCCACAACUCUCCAUUCGCAAAUCUACAUCGCGCCGCUUUUUCCCACAGAAACGCUCAAAAUCAUGAAAAUCAAUUUCGAGACACUCGGAGAGCCGCUUCACAUCGACAGCAUUAUCGCCGUGUCGUGUUGCGCCUGGAAAUCCAUCAUCAUGACGGCAUCCAAAGAUCAAACGGUGCGAAUUUGGAAUUAUGAGACGAUGAAAAUUGAGCUCGUGAAGAAGUAUCAACUGAAAAUUUCCGUCAUGGCGUUGCAUCCGUCGGGAACUUUUGCCGCAAUCGGGUUUUCGGAUUCGCUGCGAUUUCUGCAAGUGCAACUGGAUGACCUGAAAGUCACGAAAAUCUUUAAUUAUCCGAAUUGCACGAAAGUUGAGUUUUCGCAUCAGGGGCAUUUGUUGGCGGCGGCACACGGGAAGAUGAUUAUUAUUAUUGCCAUUUUUACGUUUGAUGUCGUGCAUGUUUUGAAGGGUCACAAUGGCAACAUCCUAAGCCUCGUUUGGUCCCAAAACGACAGCAAACUCGUCUCCUCCGGCAAGGAAGGCUCCAUCUACGAAUGGGACACCCUCACCGGCAAACGCAUCAACGAAAUCGUGCAAAAAGGCGUCGAAUACCGCUGUUUAGCCCUCUCGAACGACGCCUCCUCCAUCUUUGCCAUCACCAACAACGGAAUCCUUCGCGAAAUUGUCAAAACCGACGUCAUCCGCGAAUUCAAAACCUCCGACUUGUCUCCGGUUCACAGUGUCGCUCUCGCCCGCUCCGAUCUCAUCAUGUUCGUCGGCACAGAUCUCGGGCAACUUUACAACGUUCAUUGCCCUUUAGGCGAAACUGGCGGCGGAGCCUUCACAAAUUUCCGCUUUUUCCAUCAAGCGGUCACAAAUGUCCGAAUAACGUACGACGACAAACUUUUGGUGACCUCUUCCGCCGACGGGACUUUGGUAAUUUGGAAAAUUUUAAAUAUCGAGGGAAAAACCGCCGCAAUGGAUCCAAUUUUGGGCACUUGUACCGACGUGAUGUCACCGCGCGCCGAUUUGCUGGCAAAAAAUACGACAAUUCGGAACUUGGAGAAACGAAUGCGGGAACAAGUCGAGGAAUUUCAGUUCAAAAUUCAGCACGGCGACGUUUUUCAUAGCGAACAAAUGCGAGAUAUUCACAAAAAUUACUGCGACGCGAUACAAGACUUGAAAGACAAGUACGACGAACUCGUGGCACGCAACAUCGAGGAAGUGAAUCAGCUGAAUUUGAAGUUUUCCAAGGCCGAGGAGGAGCAUCAGCACGAAAUGAUGAAAAUGGAGGCGAGUUUUCACGAGAAAAUCAUCACGGAAUACGACAAAUCGACAGUUUUGAAGCGAAAAAUGGAGGAAAUGAAGGAGGAGUACGAACUAAAGUUGCGCAAAAGCUCCGGAUGUUUGCAGGAUACGAUCGAAGCUUUAGAGAAAAACUUCAAAAAGCAACUUCAGGAGCGCCAGGACUUGAUUCAAGAGAUAAUGAAGGAAAUUGAGGACCAAAAAGCCGAAUUUGUCGAAUAUUGCAAGCAAAUCGAGAUCGAUAACGACCGAAAUAUCGUCGAAACUCAGCUAAAUUACGAGAAACGACUGAAGGAAGAGGAGGAAAAUAGCGUCAAAUGGCGGGGCGAAGCCGGAGUUUUGCAGAAAAAAAUUGUCACGGUCACCGAACAGGCGGAUCAGAUGAAAAAAGAGAUCCAAACACUGAAACAACAACAAAUUCGGUCUCAGGCGACGAUUAAAGACCUUCAACGCGACAUCGAACUCUUAAAUCAAGAAAUCCAAGGGUGUGACGUCACCAUCCGCGAAAAGGAGAAAAAAUUCAACGACAUGCAGAAGAAAAAUUUGGAACUCGAAAAAUACAAACAAACGUUAAAUCACAAAAUAAACGAGCUCAAAGCCCAAAUUGAGCCGCUGGAACAAGAAAUCACCGAUAAAAAAUGUUACAUCGCCGAAAUGGAAAAAGAACUCGAAGGACUGCAACAAAGUCACAAACAACUCACUCUCCGCUUGUCAAAAUUGAACGACAAACACGAAGGAACCGCUGCCGAACUCAAAAAAGAAUGUCAACGACGUCGCACUGCCACCGCUCAAUUCGCUCGGGUUUGCGGCGAAAUUCACGAACUCGCGAAUUACAUCCAGAAACCCGAAAAACUCAAGCAAUCCAUCAUCGAGUUGUACCAAAAGUACGCCGACGACAAAGAAGUGCAGAAAAUGCUGCAUGUCGAGGCGCAAGUCAAGAACGAAUUUAUGCGGCAGCGAGAACACAUCGAAAAAUUGAGCGUUGGCAGCAAAGUUACGCAAGACAAGAAGAAGGAAGUUGGCGGCACGACGAAACUUUUGAAGGAAAAUAUUUUACUGACGACCGAAUUGAAUAAAUUAAGGGAGCAGUUGAGGGAUUUGAGGAAACAAGCGGCGCAGAUGGAAAGUAUUUUGGGAUUGUCGAAUAAAUAUUUGCCGUCGGCAGUUGCGAGGGAAAGGCUGAAUAAGGCAGUGAUGACGUCGGAAAUGAUUGAACAGCGGUUUAGGGAGGAUAUUGAUCAGUUACGGCAGAAAAUUAAGGUUUUGCAAGACGAGAAUUUGGAGUUGAGGGAUAAAUUGUCGGAAAAGUAG